GUCAAACAUUACGACUGUCAAUGUCACGCGUCUCAUCUGCUGUCGGACGAUUGGAACGCAAGUACUUGCGUCGCUCGCGGUCGCAAAAGUCAGAAUCUCAUCGAAGCAAGUGUUGUAUUACAUAUAGUUAGAUUGGAAUCUCGAGUUUUAUAAUACUCUAUCACGCAGUUAACAUCUGUAACAAAAUAAAUCUUUAGUUUUAUGUGCAACGUAUCUGAAAGUGUAAAUCUCUUGUGUUUUAUAAGCCGAAAUAUCAAACAAAAUCCUAUUAAUCUCAUUGGUUUUGUCGAUCGAAAGCAAUCAGCAGUGUUGAAUAUAUCGGAUAUUUUUUAUUUAAGAGGAUUGUACCCAAACAACUGAAGCCUGUUGUAAUGAAAUAAAAGAUCUGGAAGAAAAACUGAAAUCUCAUAUUAUAAACGAAGAUUUAUAUUAAUUAUUAAAAAUUACUUUGGUGGUCUCAUUUCAUCAACAUGGUUGAUACGAAGAGCUUCUCUCAUAGUUCGCAACCAACAGGCAUGACACACCUUAUCAGAUGAUGUUAGCUGCAACGGAAUGAAAAUAAUGUUAGUUACAAAACAUCUAAGAAGUUAUUAUAAGAAGUGUAAGAAUUACCGAGAAUGUCUAAACGAUGGUAUCGUUCAAGGAGAAAUCAUUUUAUAAUUAUAGUGAUCACUACAAUAUGUAUUAUUUAUUAUAUAAGCGACAGUUGGCAACGAGGAUUGAACAUGGACCUGACAAGGAGAACAGAAAAGCCCGCUGAUCCUAUCUCGGUUGUGGUUCCAAGUAAAAUUGUACUAAAAGGUCACAGAGAAUCUAUAAUUGAAUUGAUAGAAAGUCAGAUAAAAGAAUCUCUGCAACAAGACAAGGGGCAAGGCUGCAAUGUGCCACAAUUGGAUCCGUUUGCCGAAGAGUUGGUGGCCUUUGAGAGGAAGAAACGUCCUAGUAUUAUAUGUAACGAUCCCGAUUGGGUGAAAUGCUACAUAUCUAAAUGUUGGGUAGUAAAAGAUAUACUAGAGACGACAACGGAUUUAGUCUGCACAUACCAAGAUAUAUUGUAUCAGUCUGACUGGAAAUACCACCUGGGACCUGUAAGGACAAUACAAAAUGAUGGCUUCUUUACUCUUGACAAGAGCGAUCAUAUUAAAAUCAAGUGUACGGGCAAACGUGGCGAUAGUAAUUCGGAUACGACAUGGUUCGGUUACCACGUAGGUUUUCGUAAGUCGGUGGAACGGUUACCGACUCCACCAGGAAGAGAAGACACCUACAACGUGAUGAUAUUCGGCUUCGAUUCCACCUCCAAGUUAGGAAUAUUACGCAACCUACCCAAGAGCUUCGACCAUAUCAAGAAUCACUUGAAGGCGACCGUUUUGGAUGCUUACAAUAUUGUUGGUGACGGUACUCCAGCUGCUUUGUUCCCGAUUCUCUCGGGAAAAACUGAACUUGAGCUCCCUGAUGUAAGAAAGGCAAGCUCCAACGCUACGCUGGACUCAUUCCCCUUCUUAUUCUACAAGCUGAAAGAAGAUGGAUAUCGCACAGCGUAUUUCGAGGAUAUGCCGGGAAUAGGCACGUUCCAAUACCGGUUCAACGGCUUCAAACGUCAGCCGGCUGAUCAUUAUUUACGCUCUUUCUAUCUUGAAAUGACGAAAAGGGGCAAAUGGCUGAAACAACAUCCAUAUUGUGUCGGCGACACACCGCAGUAUAAAGUCAUGAUGAAUAUAACUGAACAGUUCAUGCAACUGGAUGGCAAGAGGUUUGGUUUCACGUUCGUCGCUGACAUCACACAUGACGCGAGCUACAUAUCACUGGCGGACAAUGAUUUCUUGCUAUUCCUGCGUCGACUGGAGGAGAAAGGUCAUUUGGAAGACACCCUCGUCAUCCUGAUGACUGAUCAUGGACCAAGGUAUUCAACUGUCCGUGGUACGGUGCAAGGCAGGCUUGAAGAACGUUUAGCGUUUAUGGCCGUACGGUUACCUGAUAGGAUGCGACGGUCCCAGCCGUACGCCCAAAUGAACUUGGAACAAAACGCCGCCGUCCUGACCACGCCGCACGACGUGUACGCCACGAUCGUCGACGUUCUAAAAUUGCCGCAACAUAAGAAUCCCUACAAAAUCCCCGGGGCUGACUUCCCCAGAGGAAUGUCUUUGAUUGAACCGAUCCCCAAGAACAGGUCGUGCAGUGAAGCUGGCAUUCAGCCGCAUUGGUGUGCCUGUGUCAACUGGAAGAAUGUCACCGACUCCUCCAUGAUACAGAGAACCGCUGAAGCAUUCGUCAACUACAUCAACCAGCUCACUGAACCGCAAAGAUCACUAUGUGUUCCGCGUACUUUGAAAGAAAUUAAGUGGGUCAUGGUGCAAGCGCUGAACAAAGGUGUUCUCUCGUUUGUGUCCGCAAAAGACAUAGAUGGCUACUUGGGAAAGUUCGGAAAGGCUAUAAGAGUAUCGAAACAAACUUAUCAAGUCCAGGUGGCUGUGGGCCCAGGAUAUGGAGUUUAUGAAGCAUCAAUGACGUAUUUGGUGAAUGAAGACAAAUUCAUUAUGGAUUCAAGAGACAUUUCACGAACUAAUGUAUAUGGGGACGAACCGAAAUGUAUAAGCGCUACCCAUCCACAUCUAAACAUGUAUUGUUAUUGUAAAAAGUAAAAUAAUUUGAAUUCAAAGUGAUAAGCACAAAAUAGCUAUUAAUCAUAUACUGCCGUACUCAAUGUAAUGUUAACUUAAACUAUGCCUAAGUAAUUUUGUACCGAAAACUAUAUGGCAGUUUCCUAAUAGGGUAGUUUCCUAAAUUUUAUUUUAAAGUCCGUCUUGUACAUUAAUUUAAAACUUUAUUAGACACGUAU